CACUUAUUUGGAGCACUGUUUACAUGACCACACAUAUCCAUCCAUUAUUUUCGAUCUUUUGGUGCAACUCAUUCUAAUAUUGCACUGAUUACAUACACACGAAUUCUUUAGAAGAUUAGGUUAGAUUAUGCGGUUUUUUUUCCAUAAUCAUGGAAAGAUAUACACCUGAACAACGUUCAGAAAUUGUUGAUUUGUUUUAUAAAAAUAACUGCUCAUUUGUGAGUACCCUGAGAAAUUUGAGAAGGAUUCAUGGACGACAUUUUUCGAUUAGUCGACCCACUGUUCGUCGUUUUGUUGACAAAUUUGAAAGUAAAUCUUCGGACCCCACAAAAGUACCUGUACGACAAAGAAAUGCACGCACAAAAGAAAAUAUUGACUUGGUAGCAGCAAGUGUGAAGGAAAAUCCCAAUUUAUCGAUCCCACGUCGUUCUCAACAAUUAAAUCUUUCUCAAACAACAACAUGGAGAAUUUUACGAAACGAUUUGGGUUUACAUGCUGAGCAUGAAGCUCAUCAAGAAAGCGACCUUGACAAUUUGGACAAGAGUCAUUCCUCUGAUGCUUCGGUCGAUUCCAUCAAUGAGGGUAUCGAAAUGAAAUCACAAAACAAACCGUGUAGAUCAAGAGAAAGGAAUGAUAAAGAGACAAGUGAGACUGACGAAACAAGUUCAGCUCAAAAUCAAGAAAACACAGCUCCAAACCCAAAUUCUCCUCCUGUAGCUCUGAAUCAGAAUUCCACUUCACCUCGUACAGCUGCGCCAGUUAGUCCUGAUCCAUCUGGAAGGAGCUCUUCACCUUCUGAGCCUCUUAGUCCGGUAUCAAGUUAUGUGAGUUCCAGCAGUGAAUCCUAAUGGAAAUGAACAGAGAGAGAUAGAGAGAAGCAAAGAAAGAGAAUCAAGUGGAAGAAAAGAACAAACUGAUACUGAAGGAAAAUAUUCAACAGGACCUAUAACACUCUACAAAAUUGAGUUUGUUUUGAAGCCAUAUCCCACAGAAAUGGCUGGAGAUGAUGCUCUAGUCGAAACGCUGAAUGAAAAUUAUUUGUUACAGUUGACCAUCUUCACAAUUAUUUGACCAUAUGGGCAAACUUACACAUCAAGUGUUUUAAAUAACUGAAAUAAAAGAUUGGGAAAAGAUCUAGGAUUUUCUUGAGAAAUGUUAUUUCUGGAUAAGUAUUUUUAACUUUCACUAUUAUUUUAUCAUGUAUUUCAGAUAUUGUUCAUUGGAAAUAUUCUUUUUUGGAAUAAAUUGGUUGGCAUUA